AUGAACAGCUCUGUGGCUUCAGUCGUCCGAGGCGAGUUCCUCUUCCGCGACCUCUUGCUCGUCGACGUUGGCGGAGAACUCAAGCGCCAUCCUCGAGCAUCGGAGGGCGAGAUCAAGCGCUAUCUCGAAGACAAGGAGAGUAAAGAUCAGGUCGCACAUUGGUACGAAGCCCAGCUCGUUCACUAUGGUUUGCAGAGAUCCAAGGACAAGAAUACGGCCAAGGUCCGACUGCAACAGGCUCUCAAUCAGAAGAAGCUAAAAGCUGCACCGCCACAUCUCGUGGAUAUGGAAGCUUCUAUGAAGAGGGAGUAUGCAGCUGCUGUCCGUAAGGCGAAGACGCCUUCUAAGCCGUUGCCUGCUGCUGGGAAGGGGACUAAGCGCGCGAGAGAUGAGGAGGAGCUGCCUGUGGCGAGGUCGAAGAAGACGAAGGUGUCGGUGCAGAUUGGUGAUGUGAACAUCGACAUCGAGCACUCCACAUCCAGCAAGAAGCCUGUUUCGAGAGCCAAAGCGACUCCUACCAGCAGACGGCCCAAGCAGGACACGAAGAAUGCCGCUUCCGCCAGGGCUCCUCCUACUACACCGACACCCUACAAAAUGGCGAACUCAGGCGCGACCCUCAACUAUGACAGUCUACAAGACGUGCCGUCCUCGUCAAACACUUCCCUACCCACCGCAACACCACGAGUUCGACCAAAGCAAACAGCCCGCAAAAGCGUCAUCGGCUUCGGAGGCCCUCCAUCAAGCCAGCAAUCCACCAUCAAGCCCGAUCCAUACGACCAAGCCUCCCACUUCCCCUCCUCACCAGCCCCCACCACCUCAACAUCCAUCAAACCAGAACCCACCCACCACGCCACUUCUUCUCCACCUCAAAUCAACAUCACCGGCGUCUACAACAUCCUCACCCCACACCCGCACCUCUCAACCCUCUCCUCCAAAGCCUCGCGCCUCUUCCUCGCCGUCGACAACUCCACCAACAAAAUCUGGGGCAGCUUCGAGCUAGGCUGGUACGGCGGCACCAUCAAAAUCGACCAGAUCGCCACGAACCGGGCAGUCUGUUUCGGUUGGCGCGCGAGAGAUCAUGAGAAGCCUGGGAACAUGAGAUUUGGAAAGGAGUGUGUUGGGGAGAUGGAGUUCUUCGGUGAUCAGGAGGUUAGGGGGGUUUUUCAUAACCUUCUACCGGAGGCUGUGCAUUUUGAGGGGAAGAGGAGGGCGGGGCCGUUGUGGAGUGGGAAGUCGGUUUAUGCGUAUGAGAAGGAGUGGGAGGGGUUUCCGAAGGAGGCGUAUGGUCGCUGA